AUGGCGGGKUGGUUCUCCUCCACUUCGCCGCUCGAUGAGCAAAUCGAGCGGGCUACAUCGUCGUCUUUGGAGGAUAUUGCGUUAAAUCUGGAAAUAUCCGAUCUCAUCCGUUCCAAAAGCGUCCAACCGCGGGAUGCUAUGAGAUCGCUAAAGCGACGACUCGAGAAUAAGAAUCCCAACAUACAACUUGCUACUCUCAAGUUGACAGAUACAUGUGUGAAGAACAGUGGAUCUCACUUCCUCGCCGAGAUAGCGUCUCGAGAAUUCAUGGACAACCUAGUCUCUCUACUAAAAUCCGAUAGCGUAUCGCUCAACUUCGAGGUCAAACAGAAGAUGUUGGAGCUGAUCCAAACCUGGGCGUUGGCAUCGCAAGGAAGGCUGGAACUUAUCUACCUCGGCGAAACAUAUCGGAAAUUACAAAUUGAAGGAUUCAGCUUUCCGCCAAAGAGUGAUAUUGCGAGCAGCAUGCUCGACAGCAGUGCGCCCCCCGAAUGGAUCGAUUCCGAUGUUUGCAUGCGCUGUAGAACGGCUUUUAGUUUCACGAAUCGAAAGCACCAUUGCCGGAAUUGUGGCAACGUAUUUGAUGCGCAGUGCUCGAGCAAGACUCUCCCUUUACCGCAUCUCGGUAUACUGCAGCCCGUGCGAGUAGAUGAUGGUUGCUACGCCAAACUUACGUCAAAAACCUUCCCAUCAAACAGCAUAUCCGAGCGAUCGGCGUUUAAGAACCAUUCUAUCACCAAGAACAACGCAGCAAUGGAACCGCGAGGUGCUCGAGCUGAUUCAAGUUUUGAUGAGGACUUGCGGAGAGCUUUACAAAUGAGUCUGGAAGAAGCCGAAGGACGUGGGGGAUCCGGCUAUGUUCCUCAACCAAAACCGGCUGAACCAAAGGUUACAAAGAUUCCAGAGACCAACGAGGAGGAAGAUGCCGAUUUGAAGGCUGCUAUUGAAGCAUCUUUGAAGGAUAUGGAAGAGCAGAAGCAGAGACAUACAGAGGCACUGAAGAGCUCGGCUACUACCAACUUGCCUUCAAGUGGUACUCACAGCGCCGCUGCGCUGCCCAAGAACCCAUACGAACUGAGCGCGGUGGAAGCGGAGAAUAUCAAUCUGUUCGCGACUCUCGUUGAUCGUCUUCAACAUCAACCACCGGGAACCAUAUUGCGUGAACCGCAGAUUCAAGAGCUCUACGAGAGUAUAGAUACACUUCUGGACCUUCAUUCAAAACUUUCUACUGUUGUGCGAUAUUAUGACCGCAUGCUCGAAGAACGUCUGUCGAGCGCCUAUUCCCACCAUAACCUAGGACCGUACGGCUCAGCGCCCCCAGGUGCGCAACCAUACAGUAAGUACCCAGCACUAGCUCAACCCCAGCCGGAAAAUGCUGGCGGAGUUGAAAACUUUUACCUUUCAAACGCAAUUCCCGACCAGUAUAAGCCUAAUGUUCAACCUCAACAUACCGCCUCCACUUACAGUACGGCGACUUCAGGCCAAGGAGUCGGCAACCCCAGUCCUUAUCCACAGUUGAACAGUGAAUAUGGCGAUACAAGGUCACCACCCCCAACAGACGCCAAACCAUAUACGAGCCAAUAUAGUUCAAUCCCCCCAGGAGCUCCUGGUGUCUACAACCCUCCAGGUCAAUUCGCCCCUACCCCGUAUGCAGAGGGCGAGUCACCAUAUCAACAGCCCCAAAUCACGAGGCGCGAUUCUCAAUACUCUCAAUCUGCAACCGUUUCUGCUCCAUACGGACAAAGUGAGCCCCAAUACUCAAAUUMCCCGCCUCAAGAGCCUCCCCAACAGGCCGGUCAUGAUUCUUCUGUAUACCAAUACCCGCCACCAGCGCAGUCAUAUCAGCAACAUUAUGCUCAGCAGCCUCCCCACCAAGCCGCGGAAGGAGCGUAUCCAGCCUACCCUGGCGCUCCAGCUGGUUACUCUGUCCACUCGCAGGUACCAGAGACCGGUGCCCCCAAACCGGCAGUCGAGGAGAGUUUAAUAGAUCUUUGA